GGGGGUUUGCGUCAUCGCGCCACGCCGGUCGGAGAGCCCGGGCGAAGAUGGCGGCGGCGGUUCUCAGCGGCCCGUCGGCGGGCUCCGCGGCGGGGGUUCCCGGCGGGGCCGGGGGUCUCUCGGCGGCGGCUUCGGGCCCGCGCCUGCGUUUGCUGCUGCUGGAGAGCGUGUCCGGGUUGCUGCAGUCCCGCGCGGGCUCCGCCGUGACUCCGGUGCAUCCCCCGGCCCGCUCGGCCCCGCACUUGCCGGGGCUCAUGUGCCUUCUGCGGCUGCACGGGACGGUGGGCGGGGCCCAGAACCUUUCAGCUGUUGGGGCAUUGGUGAGUCUCAGUAAUGCACGACUUGGCUCAGUCAAGACUCGAUUUGAGGGCCUGUGUUUGCUCUCCCUGCUGGUGGGGGAGAGCCCCACGGAGAUGUUCCAGCAGCAUUGUGUCUCUUGGCUUCGGAGCAUUCAGCAGAUCUUACAGUCCCAGGACCCACCCCCGACAAUGGAGUUGGCUGUGGCUGUCUUGAGGGACCUGCUCCGAUAUGCUGCCCAGCUUCCUACACUGUUCAGAGACAUCUCCAUGAACCACCUCCCUGGACUACUCACCUCCCUGCUGGGCCUCAAACCAGAGUGUGAGUUUUCAGCACUAGAGGGCAUGAAGGCCUGUAUGACCUAUUUUCCUCGGGCUUGUGGUUCUCUCAAAGGCAAGCUGGCUUCAUUUUUUUUGUCACGGAUUGAUUCCUUGAGUCCGCAGCUCCAGCAGUUGGCCUGUGAAUGUUAUUCCCGGCUGCCCUCCUUAGGGGCUGGCUUCUCCCAGGGCUUGAAGCAUACCGAGAGCUGGGAGCAGGAGCUGCACAGCCUGUUGGCCUCCCUGCAUAGCCUGCUAGGGACCUUAUACGAGGGAGCGGAGACAGCUCCUAUGCAAUAUGAAGGUGCCGGAGUGGAGUUGCUGCUUGCCCCCUCUGAAGAAGGUGACUCCCAUGUCCUUCUCCGGCUUCGGCAGAGGUUUUCUGGACUGGCCCGCUGCCUGGGGCUCAUGCUGAGCUCUGAGUUUGGGGCGCCUGUCUCGGUCCCUGUGCAGGAAAUCCUAGAUAUCAUCUGCCGAAUCCUCAGCAUCAGUGCCAAGAACAUUAGUUUACUUGGAGAUGGUCCGUUGCGGUUACUGCUGCUGCCAUCUGUCCACCUGGAAGCCUUGGACCUGCUGUCUGCACUCAUCCUUGCGUGUGGAAGCCGACUCCUGCGCUUUGGGGCCCUGAUUAGCCGCCUCCUUCCCCAGGUCCUCAAUGCCUGGAGCAUUGGUAGGGACACCCUCUCUCCUGGCCAGGAGAAGCCUUACAGCAUUAUGCGGACCAAGGUAUACGCUAUAUUAGAACUGUGGGUGCAGGUUUGUGGUUCUUCAGCGGGAGUGCUUCAGGGAGGUGCUUCUGGAGAGGCUCUGCUCACCCACUUGCUAAGUGACAUCUCCCCCCCUGCUGAAGCCCUGAAGCUGCGCAGUCCCCAGGACAGCCCUGACAGUUUGCAGACCAGCAAGCCCAGUGCCCCCAAGAAGCUAAAGCUGGAUGUUGGGGAGACGAUGGCCCCACCCAGCCACCGGAAAGGGGAUAACAAUGCCAACAGUGAUGUGUGUGCAGCUGCACUGAGAGGCCUCAGCCGGACCAUCCUCAUGUGUGGGCCUCUCAUCAAGGAGGAGACUCAUAGGAGGCUGCAUGAUUUGGUGCUGCCCCUGGUUAUGGGCGUCCAGCAGGGUGAGGUCCUGGGCAAUUCGCCAUACACCAGCUCCCGUUGCCGCCGAGAGCUCUACCGCCUGCUGCUGGCUCUGUUGCUGGCACCUUCUCCUCGCUGCCCUCCUCCGCUUGCCUGUGCCCUGCAGGCCUUCUCCCUUGGCCAAAGAGAAGACAGUCUUGAGGUCUCCUCUUUCUGUUCUGAAGCCUUGGUCACCUGUGCUGCUCUCACCCACCCCCGGGUUCCUCCACUGCAGUCCAUGGGCCCUACCUGCCUUGCACCUGCACCUGCUCCCCCUCCGGAGGCCCCAUCUCCAUUCAGAGCUCCACCCUUUCAUCCCCCUGGUCCACUCCCUGCGGCGGGCCCCCUGCCUGCAGCGGGCCCCUUGCCCUCGGUGGGUCCCCUGCCCUCGGUGGGCCCCAUGCCCUCGGUGGGCCCUAUGCCCUCAGUGGGCCCCAUGUCCUCUGCAGGGUCCAUGCCCUCAGCAGGUCCCAUGCCCUCAGCAGGCCCCAUGGCCUCAGUGGGUCCAGUUCCCCCUGCACGCCCUGGACCGCCAGCCACAGCCAACCAUUUAGGCCUUGCUGUCCCAGGCCUGGUGUCUGUUCCCUCCAGACUCCUCCCUGGUCCUGAGAACCACCGGGCAGGCUCAAAUGAGGACCCUGUCCUUGCACCUAGUGGCACUCCUCCACCUAUAUCCUCCGAUGAGACUUUUGGAGGGAGAGUACCCAGACCAGCCUUUGUCCAUUAUGAUAAGGAGGAGGCUUCCGAUGUGGAGAUUUCCUUGGAAAGCGACUCUGAUGACAGUGUGGUGAUCGUGCCUGAGGGCCUGCCGCCCUUGCCACCCCCUCCACCUGCAGGCACCACACCACCCCCUGUAGCCCCAGCUGGGCCACCAACAGCCUCUUCUCCUGUGCCAGCCAAGGAGGAGCCUGAAGAACUUCCUGCAGUCCCUGGGCCUCUCCCUCCACCCCCACCCCCUCCUGUUCCUGGCCCCGUGACACUCCCACCGCCGCAGCUGGUCCCUGAAGGGACUGCUAGUGGGGGAGGACCCCCAGCUCUGGAAGAAGACUUAACAGUUAUUAAUAUCAACAGCAGUGAUGAGGAGGAGGAGGAAGAGGAAGAAGAGGAAGAGGAAGAAGAGGAAGAAGAAGAUUUUGAAGACGAAGAAGAUGAAGAAGAGUAUUUUGAAGAGGAGGAAGAAGAGGAAGAAGAGUUUGAGGAAGAGUUUGAGGAAGAGGAAGGGGAAUUAGAGGAAGAAGAGGAGGAAGAUGAGGAGGAGGAAGAAGAAAUGGAGGAAGUGGAAGAGUUGGAGUUUGGCCCAGCGGGAGGGGAGGUAGAAGAGGGUGCACCUCCUCCCCCAAGCCUGCCUCCAGCUCUGCCCCCGCCAGAGUCUCCUAAGGUGCAGCCUGAGCCAGAGCCAGAACCUGGGCUGUUGUUGGAAGUGGAGGAGCCUGGGGCAGAGGAAGAACAAGGAGCUGAGAGGGCCCCCACACUUGCCCCUGAGGUACUCCCUGCCCAGGGAGAGGCAGAGAAGGAAGGGGGAACCCCCCCAGCAAACUCCUCCCCACCUCCUAAAGAGCUUGUUGAAGAAGAGCCUUCUGCUCCCCCAGCUCUGCAGGAAGAGGGAGCUGAGGAUGGCGGUGACAAGGUACCAUCCUUGCCUGAGAAAUCUGGGGCAGCUGAAGAGGGAGAAAUGGAGGCACAGACGGAGGCAGCAGAUGUUCAGGAAAAGGAGCAGGAUGACACAGCUGCCAUGUUGGCCGACUUUAUUGACUGUCCCCCUGAUGAUGAGAAGCCGCCACUUACCACAGAGCCUGAUUCCUAGCGCUCUCCUAUAAUCCCGCUCCUUGUUUCCAAUAAAGUUAUGUCCUUGGGU